UGUUAGUUGUUCGUUUUCUUCGUUCCUCAAUCUCCAUUGCCGUGUUGAAGCUUCACUUUAUUUGAACGAACACGGCAACGACAAUGGACUUUAGUUUUAUCACAAAAAAGGCAUAGAUAAAAUCCUAUAAUUGAAUCGAGCUUAAGCUGUGCUGGAUCUGUUUCCCUCUAUUCUUCUUAUUCUUUAUUAUUUAUUUCAGUUUAAUUGAAGGUGGUAAAGCUACUUAAUUAAUGGAUCUGAGAGGAUUAGUGAUAUUAGUGACGAUUCUAGUUGUGGAAAUUCAUUGCGUUGCAAAUUUAGUGUUUCCAGUGCAGCGUCGCAGAACGAGUUUAAGCGCUAUUAAAGCUCACGACGCUCGUCGUCGAGGGAGACUUCUCUCCGCCGUUGAUCUCAAUCUUGGCGGCAACGGUCUUCCCACUGAAACCGGUUUGUAUUUUACGAAACUUGGUCUUGGCUCUCCUCCGAAGGACUACUAUGUGCAAGUUGAUACAGGCAGUGACAUUCUAUGGGUGAAUUGUAUUGAGUGUUCGAGGUGUCCAAGGAAAAGUGAUCUUGGUAUAGAUUUGACUCUUUAUGACCCAAAGGGCUCAAAAACUUCAGAGUUGGUUUCUUGUGACCAGGAUUUUUGCUCCUCCGAGUUUGAUGGUCCAAUUCCUGGUUGCAAGUCUGAAAUUCCUUGCCCUUACAGCAUAACUUAUGGAGACGGGAGUGCAACUUCGGGGUACUAUGUCAAGGAUUAUCUUACUUUCAACAGUGUUAAUGGUAAUCUCCAUACUGUACCGCAAAAUAGCAGCGUCAUUUUUGGGUGUGGUGCUGUACAAUCUGGGACAUUGGAUUCAUCUUCUGAAGAAGCCCUUGAUGGAAUAAUUGGUUUUGGACAAGCAAAUUCUUCUGUGCUUUCACAGCUUGCUGCAUCUGGAAAGGUGAAAAAAAUAUUUUCACACUGCCUUGACAAUAUUCGUGGUGGUGGAAUAUUUGCCAUAGGGGAAGUGGUGGAACCGAAAGUCAAUACUACUCCAUUGGUACCAAAAAUGGCACACUACAAUGUGGUCUUGGAGAAUAUUGAGGUUGAUACAGAUAUUCUACAGCUUCCCUCAGAUAUAUUUGAUUCCCGAAAUGGGAAGGGGACAGUAAUAGAUAGUGGAACAACCUUGGCUUAUCUUCCAGAGAUAGCUUAUGAACAACUAAUUCGGAAGGUUAUGGCCCGGCAGCCUGGACGGAAAUUAUAUCUUGUUGACCAACAAUUUAGCUGUUUUCAGUAUACUGGAAAUGUUGAUCACGGUUUUCCAGUUGUCAAGCUUCAUUUUGAAGAUUCUCUUUCUCUGACAGUUCAUCCUCACGACUAUCUGUUCCAGUUUAAAGAUGGUAUCUGGUGUAUUGGCUGGCAGAAAAGUGUGGCACAAACUAAGAAUGGAAAGGACAUGACCCUUCUUGGAGAUUUGGUGCUAUCAAACAAACUAGUGGUAUACGAUCUUGAAAAUAUGGCCAUUGGAUGGACUGACUACAAUUGCUCUUCCAGCAUUAAAGUGAAGGAUGAAAGGACUGGAACAGUACAAACAGUCGGUGCACACAAUAUUUCUUCAGCUUCUACCUUUUUUAUUGGAAGAAUAUUGACAUUCUUUUUGUUGCUAACUACCAUGCUAAACAGUUAAAUUAACUUGGUUUUGACAUAGGUGGAUGACAUUCAUUUUAUUUUGUUGUACCAUAAUUCCUGGAAUGAUAAGGUGUGCAGUGUGGUUGAUAUAAUCAUUACUCGUAUAGAUAGAAUCAACAAAGGGCCAAUUUUUUUAGGUUUUUUCAGUAGCUAUUUUUUAUGUAUUAUAUUUUAAAUAGGGAAAGUGUAUGAUUGAUUUUCUAAUGAAUGCAUUGUUUUUCCUUGAUUUUU